CUCCUCUUCUCCUGGCAGGUGGUACCCAGGCAGAAUUCUGCGUUCAGUCUCUCUCGCGCUCCGCUCCCGGCCGUGAAGCGCUCGCCGCUGCUCGCUCGCUCGCUCCUCCGCUCCAGCCUGAGCGGCCUCAGCGAGCCCACCUUGUCCGUCACUACCGCCACUCCUGGUACCCGAGAGGGCUCCGGGUCGAGAUCGCGAGGCUUUGGAGGUGAGCUUCGAUUAAGAGUUGUGGUGGCUGCAGAGGAGGGAGAGAGAGAGAGAGAAAAAAAAAGAAGGCAGAGGACGGGCGAAUAGUGCGAGCGAAAGAAGAGAAGGAGGAGGCAGAAAAAGGCAACUUCAGACGGAAAGUUGGUGCGAACUGGCGCAGUCUGCAAAAACGCGAAAGUCGAUCGCAGGCAGCGGCGGCAUAAAAGUGUGAGCGGCCGGGACCAGCUCGAGAGGCGGCGGCUGGCUCUGCCCUCCGGGUGGCCGCGCCGGCGCCCGAGGAGCCACAGGUGCGAAGGGGCUCGCGGGAGGCGAGAGGGCGCCCAGCGCGCCCCUCCCCCCACCCCACCCCCAACUCGGGACUUGGGCUCAAGUCGCUGGGCGCCCCAGCUCCCUCCCCAGUCGCUGCCUGGGCCGGGGGAGCAGGAACCGGCCAGGAGCGGCCGGCGCGUGCCGCCCGCCCGGGGGAGUUGGGGUUCUCAGGGGGUUGUUUUUCGGCUCUGAGGAGGUCCCCGCCCAACCUUCAAAAUUUUGUCCAAAAGCAGACAAGAGGAUCGCCCCGCGCUGAGCCGGCUGGUGGGCAGCAGGAGGCGCCUGAUCGCCGCCGGGGCGCUGGGGGUGGUGAUGGUGCUGUUGCUGGUCAUCCUCAUCCCGGUGCUGGUGAGCUCGGCCGGCACGUCGGCGCACUACGAGAUGCUGGGCACCUGCCGCAUGGUCUGCGACCCCUACGGGGGCACCAAGGCGCCCAGCACGGCCGCCACGCCCGACCGCGGCCUCAUGCAGUCCCUGCCUACCUUCAUCCAGGGGCCCAAAGGCGAAGCCGGCAGACCAGGGAAGGCGGGCCCGCGUGGGCCCCCUGGAGAGCCGGGGCCACCGGGCCCCGUGGGGCCCCCGGGAGAGAAGGGGGAGCCAGGGCGCCAAGGCCUACCGGGCCCGCCCGGGGCGCCCGGCCUGAAUGCGGCCGGGGCCAUCAGCGCCGCCACCUACAGCACGGUACCCAAGAUCGCCUUCUAUGCCGGCCUCAAGCGGCAGCACGAAGGCUACGAGGUGCUCAAGUUCGACGACGUGGUCACCAACCUCGGAAACCACUACGACCCCACUACUGGCAAGUUCACCUGCUCCAUCCCGGGCAUCUACUUCUUUACCUACCACGUUCUGAUGCGCGGAGGGGACGGCACCAGCAUGUGGGCUGAUCUCUGCAAAAACAACCAGGUGCGAGCUAGCGCAAUUGCACAAGAUGCUGAUCAAAAUUACGACUAUGCCAGUAACAGUGUGGUUCUUCACCUGGAGCCAGGAGAUGAAGUCUAUAUCAAAUUAGAUGGUGGGAAAGCCCAUGGAGGAAACAACAACAAAUACAGCACGUUUUCUGGAUUUAUUAUUUAUGCUGACUGAUAAUGCAGAAACUAAGUUCAUUAUUCUGAGUUUGGACACUGGAUUCGUGUGGCUAACGUCAGUGAAUCAAGGAUCCCAGGGGAUGCCGAUGGCAAGGCACCUCAGUUGUGUAUAUGUGGGGAAAUCCAAUGCUACCUGACUCACAUCUGUAUCGCUCAGAAACAUUAUGUAAAAAAAAAAAAAUAUUUAAAGCAAGAUAAGCAGAUGUGUGAUCCACUACCGCCAAAGCAAAUACUCCUUAUUGUUAGUGUCCAUGUGAAUGAAGUCCUAUAUAGAUCACACAUUUUUAUAGAGAAAUCUAAGACACUGAAUUAUUUCUUCCAUAUAUAGGAUACCUUGGUGUACUGUGAUCGUGCUGCUUUGAUCCAUGUGUCAGCUUUCAUUCUUGUGAGUUUCCUUGCUUAUGAUGAUCCCUGGAGUGUAUUCAUAGUGUGGGGAGGAAUGCUUUCACCCUACAGGAGAAGGUCUAGUUGAAAUGAUGCUGCUUGUUCCCAAAGAAAUUGUUUGCCUUGUACUCUUGUAGACUUUAGACCUAGACCUGGAAAUGAUUCAACUUCAAGCCUUAACCUGGAACUUUCUGGAUAUGGGGGAAUCCCCAAGCCUAUGCUCAUUUUCACAUUUUCUUUCUCUUAUCAAUUUUCUUUUCUGGUGAUAGUUCCUAAAAAUAGACACUGGAAUUGUAUCAUAGGACUACCCUCUAAGUGUGAAAAAUGUGUAAUUAUGUCCAGUAUUUAGAAAAUUCCCUAUGUGUCCAUUUUGUCAAUAGAAUACAUUUAGA